GCGCUCCCGUGCGCCCCGCGGCACAGGCCCCCGCUCUCGAGGAUGCGCGCGCGCGACCCCCUCCUCCGGGACCCGCAGAGCUGGCGCCCCCGCCCUGUAGGGCUAUGAGUCAUUGAUUAAAAAGAAGAACUUUUCCAAAUACUUUGCACUUUUGGUUGUGUAUUAUGGAUACCAAGGAGGAGAAGAAGGAACGAAAACAAAGCUAUUUUGCUAGAUUGAAAAAGAAAAAACAAGCCAAACAAAAUGCAGAAACAACCUCAGCAGUAACCACAAGAACUCAUCUUGGGAAAGAAGAUACAAAUUCAGUUAUUUUAGAACAAGACAAAUGUAACAUUGCUGUGGAAGAGGAAUGUAUUGCUGAUGAGAAAAAGAAGAGAAAAAACAACCAGUUAAAGGAAAUCAGACGCACAGAACUAAAGAGAUAUUACAGUAUUGAUGACAAUCAAAACAAAACACAUGACAAAAAAGAGAAGAAGAUGGUGGUUCAGAAGCCCCAUGGUACCAUGGAAUACACUGCUGGAAGUCAGGACACACUAAACUCCAUAGCACUGAAGUUUAACAUCACUCCAAACAAAUUAGUGGAAUUGAAUAAACUUUUCACACAUACUAUUGUUCCAGGCCAGGUUCUUUUUGUGCCAGAUGCCAACUUUCCUUCCAGUACCUUAAGGCUAUCAUCAUCCAGUCCCGGUGCUACUGUCUCUCCCUCAUCAUCAGAUGCAGAAUAUGAUAAGCUGCCUGAUGCUGACUUAGCAAGAAAGGCCUUAAAACCCAUUGAAAGAGUAUUAUCAUCUACUUCUGAAGAAGAUGAGCCAGGAGUGGUUAAAUUUCUAAAAAUGAAUUGUCGAUACUUCACUGAUGGAAAGGGUGUGGUUGGAGGUGUCAUGAUUGUCACUCCUAACAACAUCAUGUUUGAUCCUCACAAGUCUGAUCCCCUGGUUAUUGAAAAUGGGUGUGAGGAGUAUGGCCUCAUCUGCCCCAUGGAAGAGGUUGUUUCCAUUGCCCUCUACAAUGACAUCUCCCACAUGAAGAUCAAAGAUGCCUUGCCAUCUGACCUACCUCAGGAUCUUUGUCCUCUGUACAGGCCUGGAGAAUGGGAAGACCUAGCUUCAGAAAAAGAUAUCAACCCAUUCAGUAAGUUCAAAUCCAUCAAUAGGGAAAAACGACAGCAGAAUGGAGAGAGAACCAUUGCUUCAGAUUCCAAAUCCGCAGGCUCUUUGGAGGAGUCCACAGAACACUCCCACACAAAGCCUUCAAGCAGCCCUCUCUCAGGGAAAUUAAAGAAACGGGAACCCUCUAGGGAGACUAGGAGUGGAUCUCCCCUAGUGACUCAGCUCAGUAAGCCACCUUCAGACACACAUACCGCAUUUGAUUCUGCACCCAAAGAAAACUCCCUUUUGGGGGAAGAUGAUGACUUUGUAGACUUGGAAGAGCUUUCUUCCCAAACUGAGAGUGGAAUGAGCAAAAGAGGCACUUCAAAGAAACUCCUUGCAGUUGACCCAGAAAAGCAAAAGAAGUCUGAACCACCACAAGUAAUCAAUUCGGCUGUAGAACCACAGUUACGGUCAUCCCGGGACUUUUCAGGACCAGAGAGUGAUGCUGAAUUGAAGGGGACCUUAGACAUAGAAACCUGUGAGAAGCAAGACAUAAUGCCAGAAGUGGACAAGCAGUCUGGAUCCCCAGAAAGCCAGGUAGAAAAACCACUGAACAUACAUGAAGAUCUAGAUAAAGUUAAGCUCAUUGAAUAUUACCUAAACAAGAGUAGAGAAGGGUCCCAGUUACCCGAAAAUGUUCAAAAGGCAGAAUUAAGUGAUGGCAACUGUGUGGAACCAGUGGGAAUAGACAUCACCCUGAGCAGUUCUCUUCUCCAGGAAGGAGAUUCGCCAACUGAGGGCAAUAAAAAAACAGAAAAGGCCUGCCUGAAAGAAAGAGAACCCCUGCCACUCAGAUUGGACAAGGACACAGAAGAAAAUGUGAUCAAAGAUAAAGAGUCUCUAGAUCCAUUUUUGGAAUCUGCUCUGGAUAAAAGUUGCCAAGGUGCCCAAAUGGAUAAUAAAUCUGAGAUUCAGUUGUGGCUGUUAAAGAGAAUUCAGGUUCCCAUUGAAGAUAUACUUCCCUCGAAAGAAGAAAAGAGCAAGACCCCACCCAUGUUUUUGUGCAUCAAAGUUGGGAAACCAAUGAGGAAAUCCUUUGCUACCCCAACUGCCACCAUGGCCCAGCAAUAUGGUAAACGAAGAAAGCAGCCAGAGUACUGGUUUGCUGUUCCUCGGGAGAGGGUGGAUCAUUUGUACACCUUCUUUGUUCAGUGGUCUCCUGAUGUCUAUGGGAAAGAUGCGAAAGAGCAAGGCUUUGUGGUGGUAGAAAAGGAGGAGCUGAAUAUGAUCGACAAUUUCUUCAGUGAGCCAACAACCAAGAGCUGGGAGAUCAUCACUGUGGAAGAGGCAAAGCGCAGGAAGAGCACGUGCAGUUACUAUGAGGAGGAGGAUGAUGAGGGGCUGCCAAUCCUGCAGCCCCACAGUGCACUCCUGGAAAACAUGCACAUAGAGCAGCUGGCCCGACGCCUUCCAGCAAGGGUGCAGGGGUAUCCAUGGAGACUGGCCUAUAGCACAAUAGAGCAUGGAACCAGCUUGAAAACUCUCUACCGGAAAUCAGCGUCUUUGGACAGUCCUGUCCUAUUGGUCAUAAAAGAUAUGGAUAAUCAGAUUUUUGGAGCAUAUGCAACUCAUCCUUUCAAGUUCAGCGAUCACUACUAUGGCACAGGCGAAACAUUCCUCUACACAUUUAGCCCACAUUUCAAGGUUUUUAAGUGGAGUGGAGAAAACUCAUAUUUCAUCAAUGGAGACAUAAGUUCUUUAGAACUUGGUGGUGGAGGGGGACGAUUUGGUUUGUGGCUAGAUGCUGAUUUAUACCAUGGUCGAAGCAACUCAUGCAGCACUUUUAAUAAUGAUAUUCUUUCCAAAAAGGAAGACUUCAUAGUUCAGGACCUAGAGGUAUGGACAUUCGAGUGAAAUUCAGACUGCCUUAAAAUAUAUCAUUAAAUAGACUGGGUUGGCUCGGCCCUCCUAAAGCUGGCUGAAGACGAAGCCCCACAGCAGGUGCCCCAUCCUAUCACAGCGCUUGCUUUCUGCCAUCAUCUCCGAGCAUGAUCACAUCGCAGAAAGAUUCUGAAAGCUACAUGUGGAGGGCAGACACUGAAGAAAGGAAUUGGAAGUCCAGAUUGUCGAAAGACUGUACUUUCCACUUCUUUUGAACCCAUAUUGUGAAGAUUCAGAAUGUUUAUAGCUGUAUAAGGUGAAUGCAAUUUUUAUUUUUGGUAACUGUGAAAAAAAAAGAUACUGUGGAAAUAUAUACAUGCCUUGUGUAUUUAUCAGCAUCAUUUUCAUUACCAAAAUGUACAGCUAUUGUUUGCCACGAAAAGGUUGGUCUCAGAAAAAUUGAAAGGACAUAGCACUUAAAGGGAAUGUAUGAUUUUUUUAAUCUGUUUUAUUUAUUAUUUCUAGUAUGUUGCUAGAAAUGUGUUGGUAGGUUUUUUUUUUCUUUUAAUGUGUCAAAUCUUGAAAUAAAAAAUUUUGUGCUAUGUUUUGGGAACAAAUCCUUGAUUUACACAGCUUUCUAUUGAAUUUUCUUUGCCCUGAUUGUUUAGGGUGAUAGGUUUUUGGAAGUAAAUAUAUCUAUAUCUAUAUACGCACAUAUAUAUAUACACACACAUAUAGAUAUAGAUAUAGCUCAUUAUCAAUGUUUAUUGAUUUGACUCUUAUAGGCCAGCUUCUCUUGUUUAGCCAUUAAGAGGUACACUGAACAUAUUUGUGCAAGGAAGAAUAUACCAUUUGUCUCUCACAUCAUAAACUGGUAUUUAUAGAAAUGGAAACCUUUAUGAACAGGCCCUGCUUCUGAAAGGAAAAUGUUUCACUUUUUAUGAAAUCGUGUGUGUUAAUAACAAAACCUUAAUUUUCAUGGGUUUUUUUUGGCACACAACUUCUCUCAAGCAGUUAUAUUAGUAGGAAGGCCUGUCUUAAAAGGAACUAAGUAUUUUAAUUUCUCCAUUUUUAAGUUGAAAUGAUAAAUGUCAAAUUAGGCCAAUUUUCUGGGUUUCUAGAAUCUUCUUUGAGACAAAUCAGUGCAAAGAAAUACAUUCUAUCCCAAAUUGGAACAAAAUGAAAUCUAUUUUUUUUAAAUAUUAACCCAGUUUCACACCAUAAAACAUCUUCUGUUAAAAAAAAUAAUAAAACCUUGUUGAAAACUUAACAAAUAUCAGUAAUUGUCAGACUUUUAUGAAAGCCAAAGACUGCUAAUAGAAAAAAUUUAAAUAAUAGCCAAAGCUGGUAGUCAUCACAAAUUAUUUCCCCAGUGAUCUUUGAAAGGAAAGUUAAUAAUGAAGAGCAUUUACAUCUCUAUUUUUAAAAAGAAAAUACUCAUAGAAUAUUUCUUUUAGCUUACUCUCCUAUUUUAAACUAUUUGUAAGAGAACAAACCAAUUGACAGAUCAACAAUUAUUAUACUACACUCCCAUUGCUAUAAAAUUUUAAAUCUGUAGCCCAGACAUACUUUUCACACAUUCUCCUUUUUUGGUUAACAACAUAUUGGCAAUUUAACCUUAAUCUAGUCAUUCAAAAAAUGAGUUGAUGGAGAUACCAGAAAUCUCUUGAUCAUGUUUACCAUUUAUGCCAUUUGUAACCAUAUGCUAUUAAUGAACAAAAUGGUCAUUUCUUUUGCAUAUAGCUUACUCUUAUCUAGUUGAGUCUAUGAUACUAUACUCAUGAGAGUAUAUCCAGAUGCUUUGUUCUCUAUUUAAAACAGUAUUGUCCAACAGAAAUGUGUGACCCUUCAUUUAUGGAUAUUGACUAUAUGUAAUGCAGUGCUAUCCCAAUAUUUUCAAUAAAGGAAAUUACGCAUUCAGUGUGA